AUGCACUUAAGCAAGUUUUUCCUGCCCGUGACUCUCAUCUUCAUCGCUUAUUGUAGCACUUUUGCGAGCGCGGAGAACGUGAUACAAGUCAAAAGCUUGAUGAAAGACUCUCAACGUGAACUAAUGGAUGAAAGCCACCGCAACCUCAGAGAAGGCGUGGCAGAAGAUGAUAUGAAGCCGGAAGAAGAAGAUGAAAGUGAAGAGAGAGGAUUUGCUUUUGGUCGUCGUCAAAUUGUGGCAUCGGUGGAUAACCUAGUGCGAACGAUGAGAAUGUCAGCGAAGGACCUUAAGCACUUUAUUGAUCUUGCUAAGAAGGUAAGUAUUAUGUCCGACAUAAAGCAAUUGAUGUACAAAAUAUAUCGUAGCUGGACGAACAAGAGAAAAAUUAAUAGCAUCACUGCUCGUCCAUCGUGA